CAUGGAGUCAAAGCUACAACUUUAAUAUUUGUACCAAUGCAGAAAUUUAACGUUUUACGUUAUUCUCCGUUCUACAGUCGCGUCUAAUAAUCGUUUUUCGCUCGUACAAAUUGCGAAUACCCAGGAAAGUAGAUCAUCUCGGCGCGUUUAGCGUUAAUAAAUAGCCUAUUGCUCGAAAUUGCAGCUUGCUCCGCGAGCUGAUCGAAGUCGUCAGGAUUGAAAGCUUGAAAGCGACGUCUGCUUUCGGUUUUCUCUCAUUCGAGGAUAUUUUGGGCUGUAUUUUCCCGAAUGUGGCCAGGGCUCGGCUCCUGUCAUCGGUCGGUAUGGCUUGUUUUCGGAUGAGGGAGGAUUUGGCGAUGUGGGAUGAAGCGGAAUAAAGAAAAGUGAUCCGCUCAAACCGAGGGAAAGCGGCUGCGUUCUGUCUGUGGAUUACACAUUGCAGAUGUUCCGCACAUAAAAGUGGAUUUUACUGGAAUACGUGUUCAGAAUCGCAGAAGAUAUCGCUUUGUCACGCUGGCUUAUUUUCCUGAGGAAUAGUGGUGUAUUCCUCCCCAACCCCCCCAGCGCCACAAACACCAAACAAAAGUACUAUAAGUCACGUAUAUGACGGUUCAUGUCAUGAAGGAAAUAAAUAAAAAUCGCUAGGGUCGAAGAGAAUGUCAUCAGAGGAGAAAAGUCUAGACCCCUCUGACAAAGGACCCUCGCCACCUCCUAGCAGCUCUGGGGCCACUCCCACUGGAAGUCCGGCCCCCACAGAUAAGCGGCCCCGGGGCCGCCCUCGUAAGGACGUGUUAUCCACAGCAACACCGCUUCAGUCUGUGCCCAGACAGAGAAAGAAGAAUCGGGGGCGAGGGAAAGCUCUGGUGGAGGAUGAAGACAGCACAGAUGGAAUGGAGACUGCAGAAACAGGAAGCACACAGGAGACAGUCACUAAAGGGGAGCAGGAGGAGACGGCGGGCGCCUCUGCCGUGGCAGUUUCAGCAGAGGGGGAGGAAGAGGAGCAGUUGUCAUCCCCUCUUCCUGCGAGCCCUGAGACGGGGGCGGCACAAACAUCAUCAGCCUCUAUUUAUUGCCAUUGUUUACUACCCAGCACUGGUUACAAGUAA